AUUCAAACAAUAGCCAUGGCUACCUCCUUUGAACCACUCCUCUCUUCUCCCCAUAAAAAAUCAUCUUCUUCAAAAGUAGCUCUCUACACCUUUCUGUGCUUAGUAGCUGUUGUGAGCUCAGCUGCACUGCUUUCCAAAUGGAUCAUCACUACUAACUCGUCGUCUCCUUCCUCCACCUUCCAUGCACGUGUCUGUAAUGGGGCCCACGACCCAACGUCAUGCAUGGCAAUUCUGUCCGAGGUUUCAUCCUCCGCUCCCACAGAAUCCAACGGCGUAGACUUGCUUCAGAUGCUUUUACACUCGUCCUUACGGCGAACUCGAGAGGCCAUGGAUGUGUUGACCAAUGUCAACGGGAGGGUCAACGGCUUGAAGGUCAAAUCGGGUCUUAAUACUUGUAUGCUGUUGAUGGACUUGUCCGUUGACUGGAUAACCGACUCUAUGGUGGCGCUCGGGGACCCGUCGGCCAAUGCCCGCUCCGACGCCCAUACUUACCUGAGCAGCGUAUUAACCAACCACGACACGUGUUUGGACGGGCUUGACGGCCCGGCCCGGUCAACGUUGGAGCCCAUCCUGAAUGACUUGAUCGCCCGGGCAAGGUCAUCCUUGGCGCUGUUUGUAGCGGUUGUCCCGCCGGCAUCUCUUCAGGAUGAUCUCCGGCCACUCAACGGCAAGUUUCCAUCUUGGGUCCGCCCCAAAGAAAGAAAGCUAUUGGAAUCACGGGUGAACGCCGCCGUUGCAUCCGAUGUGGUGGUGGCGGCCGACGGCAGCGGGGAUUACAAAACUGUCACAGAAGCGGUUAACGCCGCGCCGGAUAGUGGCACCGCACGUUAUGUCAUAUACGUCAAGAAAGGAACGUACGCGGAAAAGGUUUCCAUAGGGAAGUUGAAGACAAAUUUGAUGCUCGUCGGCGACGGGAUGGAUGCAACAAUUAUCACCGGCAGCGCCAGCGUUGAUGACGGAAAAGCCACGUCGGAGACUGCUACAGUUGCUGCAUUGGGGGCUGGGUUCAUGGCCCAAGACAUAUGCUUCCAAAACACAGCGGCGCCACCCAAGGAACAAGCGGUGGCGAUAAUGGUAGGAUCGGACCAAUCCGUCUUCAACCGCGUCAAAAUUGACGGAUACCAAGACUCGCUCUACGCCUACGCCGGUCGCCAGUUCUAUCAGGCAUGCAGCAUCACCGGCACCGUCGACUUCAUCUUCGGCAACGGGGCGGCGGUUUUCCAGAACUCCCAAAUUUUGGCCCGCCUGCCCGCACACGGGCAGCCCACUUGCAUCUCGGCCCAAGGUCGGCUCGACCCAAACCAGAACACGGGCCUAUCCUUCCAAAAUUGUAAAGUGAUUCCAGGCCCAGACCUGGAACCCGUUAAAGCGGAGAAUAAAAAAACCAUGUUGGGCCGGCCUUGGAAACUUUACUCCCGGACCAUGUACAUGCAGUCCUACCUGGACGAUCACAUAGAUCCACUUGGCUGGGAACCAUUCAGUGGUACCGCCGGGUUGGACACGUGUGACUAUGCCGAAUACAUGAACACCGGACCCGGCGCCGGAACUAGCCUGAGAGUUCAAUGGAAGGGCUACCACGCCAUCACUAACGCGGCGGAUGCGCAGCCGUUCACGGUGGAUCAGCUUCUCCAAGGCGAUUCGUGGUUGAAAGCUUCCGGCGUGUCCUACACUCUUGGCCUGUAGACUACGGGGAACAGAAAUUGAAGCACCAAUUAUUAUAUUUAAAAAAGAGAGUAACAUUUACGGUGUAAAAGAAGUACUCGUACUACAUAAAACAUUGUCGUUGUAAUAAGAACACACUAGUGUGUGGAGUUGUAGAACUUACUACCUUUUUACCAAUUAAAUGAUGUUGUUUCUUAUUGAAUUGUCUAUCCAAAGUCCAAAC